AUGGCAAGCUACUGUUUGGCUGUUUUGGCUCUUGGAUAUGCAUUCUCAAGUAUUAUAGCAGAGCCUGAACACAACAAGGGUGUAGUUGAAAAGCCGUAUGCCCAGAUAGCAUAUCAUCCGAACGGAUUUAAUGAAAAGGUCGGGGUGAAGGGAACGCAUGUGGAGGCAGAUGGCCUGUCUCUUAGAAGGCACACCGAUGAGGGCGGGCUUGUGGCGUUCCUUGAGCCAAACCCACACGAAGAAUGGAGCUUUUCAUAUACAUUUACAAAUGCAGCGCUGAGGUUUCCACAUAUUGGAGGAGUAUAUCUGUGGUAUACAUCUGAAAUUCCAGACCAGGGCGAGUACAGGGGCGGAAACGACAAGUUUGAUGGAAUAAUGGCAGGGCUUGAGUUCCGAGGCGCACAGCCAGAGAUAGUGAUGGCAUUCAACAAUGGCGAAGAAAGCCUGAAAGGGUCUGAGGACAUGAAUCUACACAGAGAUGUAAUAAAUCCAUCAAGGCUCAAGGGUGUAAGCGACAUAACAGUGAAGGUGAUAUCCACAAAGAAGAACUUCAAAGUGGAGCUGUAUGACGGAGAUAAACUGCUUUACGACAGCUUCAGAUACCAUGGAAAGGGCAACUCAACAAAGAUAGGCUCUGGAAAAUACUUCAACAUCACAUCAUUUUAUGACAAGGCGCCUUCAAAUAGUGUAUACAAGCUACGAAAUGCAGAGCUUUUUGAAAGGAUAGAAACCGAUGAGUAUAAGGUUCAUGCGAUUCAUGCUCCACAUGUUGAAGAAGCACCAAGAUCGCCAGACAGCAUUAUGCAUGAAGAAGAGGAGAUAAGGCAUCUUGUUUCGAAGACAGAAUACCUGCACAACUAUCUUCAACUGAUUAUCGGGGACAUAAAUGAUUCAUCGUUUGACAAGAUAUUGCAUGUGCUGUAUGAGCAGCAAAAGCAGGUUAUGAAGAAGAUGGAUGAAAUCACGGCAUCGUCAAGCAGAGCAAACACAAUGGACACGAAGCUGAUAUCGCUAUCUGAGAACAUUAACAGCAUCGACAUCCGAAUACAGAAGAUUCAGAAGGCAUUUGCAGAUCUUGAUCACAUUGUAAACAAGCUAAGCGAUAGCCAUAGCAAGAGUUCAAACUUCUUGGCCUAUGCGAUUCUUGGAAUAGCAAUGGCAGGAUUUGGAUUUGCAGCAAUCAAGGAGUACAAUGCCUUGAGAAUCAGGCAGAAGGCCAUUUGA